AUGGCUGGAGAGGAGUCGCUCCUGGCCCCACGGCCAUCUUCUGACCAGUCUAUUCAAUAUGUCGAAGAAGAAAGUUCCCUGCUGACCGGCAAGCGGACGACCCCUCGCCGAACACGACGCGGCUGGUCCUUUUGGAGAGAGGUCGGAGCUUUCGCAUGGGCGAUUAUCGCUACGAUUGUCGUCAUUGUCCUAGCUGUAGUCUACCAACACGAAUCUGCCAAAGGCCAUCAUGAGUCACAAGAUAACUGGGGCCCUAGCGGAAAGCCGACAGGCAAGCGAAACCUGAUCUUCAUGGUCUCCGAUGGAAUGGGCCCCACCAGUCUAUCCAUGACGAGGAGCUAUCGCCAACAUACCGAGGGUCUGCCUAUCGACGAUAUUUUGGUUCUCGAUAAGCACCAUAUCGGUAAUUCCCGCACACGCUCUAGCAACAGCCUGGUGACAGACUCGGCUGCCGGUGCGACUGCCUUUUCUUGUGGCUUCAAGAGCUAUAAUGGAGCUAUUUCGGUCACCCCGGAUCACUCACCUUGCGGAACGGUCCUCGAGGCUGCCCAUCUGGCAGGCUACAAGACAGGUCUAGUGUACGAGGACAGCAUCGCCGAGCAGGAAGUUGGUGAACAUCCUUUGGGCCGGGUCGUUGAUCUCAUGAUGGGCGGUGGUCGAUGCCAUUUCCUCCCCAACACCACAGACGGUAGCUGCCGCGGCGACGACCGUGAUAUUGUUGAAGUUGCGUCGAAAAACGGGUUUAAGUAUCUUUCGGAUCGGGCUGGCUUUGAUUCUCUCAAUGGUGGAACACAGGCUAAGCUGCCUCUGUUGGCGCUUUUGGCGGAGAAAGAUAUUCCUUAUGAGGUUGAUCGCCGCUACCUGGAUGACCAGUAUCCUUCCCUAGAGGAGAUGACCCGCAAUGCCUUGACUAUCCUGAGUGAAGCAACCCGCGAUAGCGAACAGGGAUUUUUCCUCAUGAUCGAGGGAUCGCGCAUCGACCACGCUGGUCACAGUAACGACCCUGUUGCCCAGGUACACGAGGUCAUGGCCUACGACAGGGCAUUUGCUGCGGUGUUAGAAUUCUUGGAGAAUGACACGACCCCUGGUGUUGUUGUUAGCACUUCUGACCACGAGACUGGUGGACUGUCUACUGCUCGUCAACUUCACAAGAGCUACCCUAUGUACCUCUGGCUCCCCGGCUCAUUGGCCAAAUCCAAGCACUCGAGUGAAUAUGCUGGUGCCAAGUUGAAUGAAUACCUCUCCGGAACCGGCAAGGACGACAAAGAAUCCAAGCAGCGUGACUAUAUCCGCAAGACCUUGUUGGAGGAGGACCUUGGUGUCACAGACGCUACAGACGAGGAGGUGGAACGUCUCCUCCACCCUGACCCUCAAGUUUGGCCUAGCUACGUCUUCGCUGAUAUUGUCAGUCGGCGAGCCCAGAUCGGCUGGUCCACUCACGGCCACUCAGCUGUGGACGUCAACAUCUACGCUUCCUCUUCCCAGGACGCCUGGCCCUUGGUGGGCAACCACGAGAACACCGAAGUCGGUCACUUCCUCGCUGAUUACCUCGACCUCGACAUCAGCGCAGUUACCAAACGCCUCCAGGCUUCAUCCUACUGGACAGCCUCUGGCGAAGAAACCUCCGACCAAGAGAAAUACAGCUGGUUGGGUAACCGUGUAGGCGCGAAUGUCCGACUUGAAGGAUUGGAUACCUACCACGGCGACUUCCGCAAGCGAUCCACCGACGAAUGUGGAUGCGGCGAACUCCAUUAA